CCUCUUCUUUUCCAUUUAUGUCUUCCAUUCUUAAAAUUUCUUAAAAAAAAAUAUUUCAUCACUCCAUUUUAAUUUGCUGAUUUUCAAGAAACAAAAAAACCCUUUUCUUUACCUUUUCCGUCUGCCUAUAUAUACCUAAAUAUACACACAUGUCUCCCUACUACACCUAUUCUUUCUUUUCUUGAACUUAUCAUGAUGAGUUUUUGUAAGAAAAGUGUUCAUUCUUUUUUAGGGCUCACUAUUUCUCCCAUGAACAAUAGUUUUGAUAUUCUUGAUCAUUCAAAACCAUUAAAAACCAGCGGUUUAGGUUUAAUUACAGCCACUGAUAUUCAUACCUCUAAAUCACCACCUAACGUUCUUGAAUCCACAACUUUUAAGUCUCCAUCGCCGUCGCCUCCAUCUCCUCCGCCUCCGCCGCCUCCGGCGGCACCUCCAUUAUUCAAGAAAGACCCGGGUGGGGUUGGUUUUAUCGACUAUGUUGGCGGUGGUUGCACUGAGAGUUUAGGGUUUGAGAGCUGCGAUGAAAGACGAGUUGAUGAUGAGUCGGACGAGUUGUGUUCAAGAACGUCAACUACUGCGACAACUAGGGUUACUAAUAAUUGGAGGAAGAAUAAUAUUAGAGAAAGAAAAGAGGUAAAGAAAUUUCCGCCACCGCUUUCUUCUUUGAAUCAUAAUGGUCAGCCUAGUUUUUAUCUUAGACCGGUGAGGAAAAAUGGAAGAUUGGAGUUAACUGAGGUUAGAAUUGAUCGGCCGGAGAUUUUACGCGCUUCUCGUGAAGAUGGAAGGUUGAGAUUGCACCUUAUUAGAGAUGAUGACGAAGAAGAAGAUAAUGAUUGUAUUAAAGAAAUUCAAGAACAAGAAUGUGAACAUCAAGAAAAUCAAGAAUUGAUAGAUAUACAAGAAGAGGAAGUUCAAGAAAAUCAAGAAAUGGAAGAUGAACAAGAAGAGGAAGUUCAAGAAAAUCAAGAAGAGGAAGUUCAAGAAAAUCAAGAAAUGGAACAUGAACAAGAAGAGGAAGUUCAAGAAAAUGAUGAUGAAGAAGAAGAGAUAGCGGGAGAAUGGAGGUUUCCGGUGACCGGAGAAGGGUUUAGGAGGUGUCAUGAGCUAGGGGCUCAUCACCACCGCAAUGAUUAUCACCAUCAUCACCACCCCCACCAACACCACCACCACCACCACAAUAUGCAUGUAUGGAGACAACAUUGUGUGACAACAAGAUGAAAAAAUGGGAACAAAAAAUAUUAUAUGAUGAGGUGGGAUGUGAAAAAGAGAUAAGAUGGCAUGUAUGUAAAAUUUGGACGAGUGUUGUUGUUUUUUCAGAAGAUUUUAAUUCAAUUAAAUUAUAAAAAUACACAUGACACACAGUUGUUAUUCACUCAA